AUGAGGUCGUUUCUCCCCUUGCUCUCGAUGAGCGCCGUCGCGCAGGCGCUUUACUUCUACAUUGACGGCACCUCGCCGAAGUGUUUCUACGAAGAGCUCCCUAAGGAUACGCUUGUCGUCGGCCACUACACUGCUGAGGAGUGGGAUGAUCGGCUCAACCAGUGGGCCAAGCACGAUGGCCUCAGCAUCUACAUUUCUGUCGAUGAAACCUUCGACAACGACCACCGUGUUGUCUCUCAGCGCGGUUCUGCCUCUGGCCGCUUCACCUUCACGGCCGCCGACGCUGGCGACCACAUGAUCUGCUUCACCCCGUCCUCCACCUCUGGCCGCGCCGGCUGGCUCUCUCAGCACUCCCACAACGGUGGUAUUCGCCUGUCGCUCGACCUCGCCAUUGGUGAGAGUAGCGAGAUUGUGAGCUCCGACAAGAGCAAGCUCGAGGACAUUGCCUCUCGUGUCAAGGAUCUUAACGCCCGUCUUCAGGAUAUCCGCAGAGAACAAGUCUUCCAACGUGAACGCGAAGCCGAGUUCCGUGACCAGUCUGAGUCCACCAACGCCCGUGUCAUUAGAUGGAUGAUCAUCCAGCUUGUCGUUCUCGGUGUCACUUGCACUUGGCAACUGUCGCAUCUGCGGUCUUUCUUCAUCAAGCAAAAGCUUACGUAA